AUGAAGUCUAUCAUCAGCAUCACGGCCUUACUCGCCGCUGUGGCAAUUGCUCACAAUGACAUGCCCCCGAGGAGCAUGUCCACAACUGAAUUCCGCCAAGCUUUCAUGGAAGCUGGCAUUGUUCCAGAUGUGAUGGGCUCGUUCGACCCGAUGGUGUCUUUCUACGCCGGUUACAAAGCUAGCGAUGGUGACAAGGCAUUAUUGAUGCCUGGAACCAAGCUCAAGAUGAAGGAAACCAAAUUCCCAUUCGAAUUCAGCGUCGAGAACAUCAUGAAGGCUAGGAACGUCACUCGGAGCUCCAGAUUCGUUCUUUACAUGAUUGGGCCCGACUCUCCAACACGCGAAAGCCCCACCGAGCGGAACAUGAGGCAUUACCUUGCUGGCAACUUCACGCUUGAGCAGACUAAAUCUGAAGUUCUUGCUUCAGCGAUGAUCAUGAAGAAUUCAACUCCUGCUUUCAAUGACUACAUGGCACCUGAGCCCAAGGCCGGAAGUGGCAUGCAUCGAUAUGUUUACCUACUCUACAUGCAGCCCGAGAAGCUGAACAAGAUGGGUUUCGACGCCAUGGGUGUUGAUAAGAUGAACCGAAAGAAUUUCAACAUCUCGCAGUUCCGCAAACAAGCUGGACUCGGACGCCCCAUUGGCGGAACCUACUUCAUGUUGAACAUGGCCCAGGAUAAUGGAGGCGGUGGCGGUCAUGGCGGCGGAAACAACGGAGGGAACAAUGGCGGAAAUAACGGCGGCAACAACAGCAAUAAUGGAAACGGCCGAAGCGCUGCCUCUGUUGUGACUGCGGGCUCCGUGGUAAUGUUUAUUACGCUAUUGGCGUCAAUGUUUGCCUGGAUGUAA